GACAGAAAGAGAGAGCGAAAGGCUUUUGGCAGGAGCCACGGGAAUAAAAGGCUGUGAGAUCUCAGCGAGUGGUGUGGAACGUCAGGAACAGACACGGUAAUCUGGAAGAGUCAGUGCUGGGUUGGUCACUAUGGGUGGUGUAACGGGACCAGUUUUCCUGUGGCUGCAGGUUGUGUUAGGGGUAACACUCCUCAGAGCCCGUCGGACUUUACUGCAGGCUGCCAUCGUCUUCUGCGUUCUAGCGCUGCUGGUCUGGGUGGCCAUCUUCCUCUAUGGCAGCUUCUACUACUCUUAUAUGCCCACCGUCAGCUUCUCUACACCAGUGCACUACCACUACAGGUACUGGGAGACAUCAUGGAAAGUUUGUUUUGUGCCUUUUUGUCUCCAAAUUGAAGUAAAAUCCAAUCUUUCUACUCCUUUCACUCACACUUUGAAUAGAUUAUUUUCAAAACAAAUCAUUGCCUUUGCAUGAGCAUUUAGCUACACGUAACAAAAUGCUCUAUGCUGUUGCACCUGAUUUUUCUUUUGUGCUAUUAGUACUAUGUCAAGGUAAAAAGCGUAGGCCCAUAACAUCACACCUUUUUUCCUGACCGCUGUUCGUUUUAGUUCCGACUGUGAUGCCUCCAAUUCAGACCUCUGCUCUUUCCCUGUGGCUAACAUCUCGCUGCUGAAGAAUGGCAAAGAACCGGUAUGCUCUUCACACAUAACCAUCCUUUUCCUCACCCCCUAUAUCCUGAGGUAGAUGCUAAUAUAAUUACAAUAUGCUAAGAAAUGAUCGCUGUAGUCAGGUAUGCUCAUUGUCUCUUACAGUAUUCUACCCCUCAUUGUCUUCCCUAGGUUAUGAACUAUGGUCAGCCAUAUCGAAUCUCUUUAGAGCUGGAAAUACCUGAGUCCCCUGUCAACGAACAGCUUGGCAUGUUCAUGAUUAAGAUGUCUUGUUACACCAACGACGGCCAGACCGUUGCAACUGUGGUGCGCUCUGUGAGUGCUAAGUUGAUUGUGUUUGUCUUCCUACCAAACCCCGCUACUCUCUCUUCUGAGCCUCUCCAAACGUUUCAGUGCCAGUUUGUUCUUGGUGGAACAUAACGUGUCUAUUCCUUCCGUUUCCUCCAAUAUAAAAUAUCCUCUCAUACUUCACAAUGUUAGAAUUUAACAUGGAAAUGUGAUUUAUUUGAUUAUUGUGUGGACCUCUGACAGUGACUGCAUUCUUUUCUCCAACAGGCUAUGCUGCACUACCGCUCUGGUCUUCUGCAGACCUUGAAUACUUUACUGUUCUCUCCUCUCCUGCUGACUGGGAUGACAGAGCAGAAGCAGCUUGUUGAGGUUGAGCUCUUCUCAGACUACAAGACCAAUUCUGUAAGUGCUGUUUGUGGUUGCCUGUGCAUAUCAAAUCCGUUUUCCUCUCCCACAGAGCUUGCACUUAGUUAUUGUCCCACUUUCUGCACUGUGCUCUCUUACUGAAUCAGAUCAUCAUGAUCUUGUGAAUAUCAUUUGCAAGUUAUCUGUAUCAUUUUAGUAUUUAUUUUAUUUAUUUUUAGGGGGUAGAUCAGCUUUAAUAUUGCAGAUUGAUUGUGGCUCCCAUCAAUGUAAUUCUCUGCAUCAUUUCUAAUCCCUCAUAUACAUAUUUUUGUAAAUAUAUAAUAUAUAUAUUUUUAAAUAUUAUAUUUUAUUAUUUUCCCCUAACCCUACCACCCCUCCUCCAAUUGGAGUAAACUAAUGGACAACAACACUUAGGCUUCUACUUCCAGCUUAUACACACUAUAUACAUUUUACGGACACAAUGUAUUUUACAAUAGUUAUCUUUUGUCCAAUCUAUCUCUGAAGACCAUCCAGUUUUGAUUUCUAUUUGCCAUAUAUUUUUCAACUGUGCUGUUUCAUGAAAGUUCUGAACCUAUAUAGAUUUUACAGACACAGUAUAUUUUACAUUAAUUAUCUUGUUAUUUUUAGUCCCACCCUUCAGCUCCACUGAACCCAUUUCAUUUGUAUUUGAUGUAAUUCGAUUUACUUGUGUGAAACCCUGACCAAGCAUACUUCCCUUUCAGCAGCAUUCGAUGUUCAUGUGCUUUCAAUUAAACAGUACUUGGACAGACUUCAUUUAUUAAGGAGUCCAAACAAAUACAACCUGUCUGAAUAAAAUGUCCUCUUUCAAAGUAAGAAUGAGUUACCCAUUUUAUUAGACUUUUAAUUAUCUUGCAAGACAGACCACUUAAUCUUGCAUUUGUUCAGUGCUGCAAGACUGGCCAAGUCAGACUAGUCUUUUUAGGUAAUAAGGUCUAAAUAUUUUUCUCUCUCUUAUUCUUGAUCUCUGCUUCUCUCUACUUGUACAUUUCCCUCUCACUACAGUAUCAACCCACUGUUGGCGCUGUCAUUGAGAUUCAGUCUCGGCGUUUGCAGGUCUAUUCAGCUCAGCUCGGGAUCCAUGCUUUCUUCACUGGCAUCAGGUAUAGACCUCCUUCCAAUAGUAUAAAUUAUUUAUGUUUCAAAUCCAGAUUAUUUGAGGCCAAUAAGCCAAAUGCAGUGGGGGGAAAAAGUAUUUAGUCAGCCACCAAUUGUGCAAAUUCUCCCACUUAAAAAGAUGAGAGAGGCCUGUAAUCUUCAUCAUAGGUACACGUCAACUAUGACAUACAAAAUGAGGAAAAAAAAUCCAGAAAAUCACAUUGUAGGAUUUUUUAUGAAUUUAUUUGCAAAUUAUGGUGGAAAAUAAGUAUUUGGUCAAUGACAAAAGUUUCUCAAUACUUUGUUAUAUACCCUUUGUUGGCAAUGACACAGGUCAAACGUUUUCUGUAAGUCUUCACAAGGUUUUCACACACUGUUGCUGGUAUUUUGGCCUAUUCCUCCAUGCAGAUCUCCUCUCGAGCAGUGAUGUUUUGGGGCUGUCGCUGGGCAACACAGACUUUCAACUCCCUCCAAAGAUUUUCUAUGGGGUUGAGAUCUGGAGACUGGCUAGGCCACUCCAGGACCUUGAAAUGCUUCUUACGAAGCCACUCCUUCAUUGCCCGGGCGGUGUGUUUGGGAUCAUUGUCAUGCUGAAAGACCCAGCCACAUUUCAUCUUCAAUGCCCUUGCUGAUGGAAGGAGGUUUUCACUCAAAAUCUCACGAUACAUGGCCCAAUUCAUUCUUUCCUUUACACGGAUCAGUCGUCCUGGUCCCUUUGCAAAAAACAGCCCCAAAGCAUGAUGUUUCCACCGCCAUGCUUCACAGUGGGUAUGGUGUUCUUUGGAUGCAACUCAGCAUUCUUUGUCCUCCAAACACAACGAGUUGAGUUUUUACCAAAAAGUUAUAUUUUGGUUUCAUCUGACAUUCUCCCAAUCCUCUUCUGGAUCAUCCAAAUGCACUCUAGCAAACUUCAGACGGGCCUGGACAUGUACUGGCUUAAGCAGGGGGACACGUCUGGCACUGCAGGAUUUGAGUCCCUGGCGGCGUAGUGUGUUACUGAUGGUAGGCUUUGUUACUUUGGUCCCAGCUCUCUGCAGGUCAUUCACUAGGUCCCCCCGUGUGGUUCUGGGAUUUUUGCUCACCGUUCUUGUGAUCAUUUUGACCCCACGGGGUGAGAUCUUGCGUGGAGCCCCAGAUCGAGGGAGAUUAUCAGUGGUCUUGUAUGUCUUCCAUUUCCUAAUAAUUGCUCCCACAGUUGAUUUCUUCAAACCAAGCUGCUUACCUAUUGCAGAUUCAGUCUUCCCAGCCUGGUGCAGGUCUACAAUUUUGUUUCUGGUGUCCUUUGACAGCUCUUUGGUCUUGGCCAUAGUGGAGUUUGGAGUGUGACUGUUUGAGGUUGUGGACAGGUGUCUUUUAUACUGAUAACAAGUUCAAACAGGUGCCAUUAAUACAGGUAACGAGUGGAGGACAGAGGAGCCUCUUAAAGAAGAAGUUACAGGUCUGUGAGAGCCAGAAAUCUUGCUUGUUUGUAGGUGACCAAAUACUUAUUUUCCACCAUCAUUUGCAAAUAAAUUCAUUAAAAAUCCUACAAUGUGAUUGUCUGGAUUUUUUUUCCUCAAUUUGUCUGUCAUAGUUGACGUGUACCUAUGAUGAAAAUUACAGGCCUCUCUCAUCUUUUUAAGUGGGAGAACUUGCACAAUUGGUGGCUGACUAAAUACUUUUUUCCCCCACUGUAUAUGGAAUGUCAUUGAUUUUCUUACCUACUGUUGUAUCUUCCAUUCUUUUGUUUUCCUCCUAUUCCCCAUCCAUCCUGCUCCAUUCCUAUCUCUGAACCCUUUGUCUUAAUAGAUACCUCUUGUACAAUUUCCCGGUGACAUCUGCAGUGAUCGGCGUGGCCAGCAACUUUGCCUUCCUCAGUGUCAUUGUGCUCUUUGGAUACCUACAGUUUAUAUGGGGGGGACUUUGGCCUCCCGAGCAGGUCAGAGUCAGGGUAAGAUGCGGUCUCAUUUUCUCCACUGUAAUAGGAUGUUCCCCAUCUAUACAGUACAUCCGUGUAUCUUACAUUAAAAUAUAAGUGCUGUGAGCUGAUCCCCAGUACAUCAACAUUGUUUUUGUUUUGUUUUUCUUGUACGUAGGUUAUGAUGGGAAACACGACUCGCCUGCAGCGGAGAAGAGAAGAGGCUCUGAAGCACAUCUCCUUCUCACAGAGUGAGUUCUACUCUACAACAGGCAUCACACGCAUUGUGUAAAACAAACAUAACAUGGUUAAUCUGAAUGUGUUUUAGUUAAAAUGCCUCAGAAAGGCAAUGACCUUGUGAAUGAGCAGUUGGAAGAACCUAGACAAGAAGCAUCAGUAAUACAGAAAGGUGAGGGUAUUAGAAUGUGUGAAUAAAAGUGUAUACACAAGACAUACACAACAGUAUAUUAAAGCUGCAAUAUGUAACUUUUUUGGCGACCCGACCAAAUUCACAUAGAAAUGUGAGUUAUAGAUCUGUCAUUCUCAUUGAAAGCAAGUCUAAGAAGCGGUAGAUAUGUUCUGUACGCUAUUUCUAUGCUUCCCUUUCUUAAGAUUAGUUUUUGCAUCUUUUACUUUCAGUUUUGUACACCAGCUUCAAACAGCUGCAAAUACAAUAUUUGGGGAUAUUUCACAGCGGUUUAGAUGGUACAAUGAUUCUCUACAUUCUCUAUGCUUGUUUUAUCACAUAAACUGAAAUUAGGCGAACUAUUCGAAUUUUAGAAACCAGGAAAUGGCGGAGCGAUUUCUGCAUAGUGCAUGUUUAAAUUAACUGAUGUUGAUUUAAUUUAUACUGACUCAUCUCACAAUGUGUUCGAUUACUAGUUUAGGCACACUUUGUGUUGUGGGUUUGUACUUGAAGAGUAGUUGUGGAUUCUGUUUAUGUUUUGUGUAACAUCAUGCUAUGAAUGUUAUCAUACUGUUUAAUGUUCAGCAUAGUUGCUGUUCACAUUAUAUUGUUGCAUUCUGUCUUGUGCUGGAAACACCGGAUGUGAUUGGUUCCCUGAAGGAGCCUUUGGGUUUGCCAGAGAGUCAAACAAGUAACAGACUCUUUCAGACGAAGAUUGUUGCCGCUUUUUCCUGAACUUCUUGAGUUGUUCGUAGUAACCUUUUCACUAUUAUGAUAAUUUCUUCAUUAUCUUCUGACAGUUAUUUACUGACCUUAAAAGUAGAUGAUGGUGUCUCAUUUAAUUCAGACUAACUUAACCUGUCUCUUCUUCUGCCUCCCUGUAUCGGCUCUAGAGUCAUUGUCAGAUGAGCCCCCAGUGCUCCUGGAGGCUCUUCACAUUUACGAGACCGAUGUGAGUGAGGAGAAGCCUGCUGAUCUGCAGGAUAGAGGUGCAGUGGCAGUCCCCUUGGAGGGACCCCAGGUGCCUCAGCCAGGGGACUCUAUGCUGCAUCAGAGACGGGGACCCUGGAUGAGUCUCUGA